AUGAAGAAAUUCCUCUUCGAAGACGUCAAAUCCGUUCCCUAUAUGGAAUUCCUCAUUUCCGAUAUGGACAUCGCCAAUUUCAAGCCAGACACUGUUCUCAUGAUCGCCAAAAAAUUCAUGGAAAUCAAUGGGAUGCAACGUCCGAUACCUUUAGAAUCUCCUGGCAUCGUACGAGUAGACUCGGAUUCAGAUGGCUCAGAAUUAGCGCCAAGAGCUCCAGAAGCUCAACUACCGUAG